UGAAAUGGGUCUCGAUAAGCCCCAAAGGUGGGUUACUGCUGCCGAGAAUGAUACCGAAGCCUGGAAGUGUUUAGUAAUUGUGCGAGCAUUGAGGCGGAUUCUUACCACCAGACCACUAAUUGCGAUUUUGGGCAAUCAUGUGACUCGCGAAAUGAGUAUGCGCCUUCAAACUGAAGUUGAGAAGCUUUAUUUUAUCUCUGAGGAAUCUCAACAUCAUAAAUUCCGUUCAGCUGCGAAGCUCAAAAUGCUGGAGAUGUUCAAGCAGUUUGGUGGGGACAAGAUGGUCUUCUUGGAUUGCAAUUGUGUUCCCGUCAAAAAUUGUGAUGAUCUGUUCCGAGAAAGGGGAGUGCAAUGGGUACGAAUCCCGGGCAAUAAAAAUCAAUUUUUCGCAAGUAUAAUUGCAAAUCUUCCAAGUUCAGUACGAAAAUUUGACGAGGAGGACACCCUUAUGCGGAUGGUAGUGGAAGGUGAAAACGACGAUUACUUUCUGGACGAUCAUAAUAAAAUGGAAAAUUUGGAUGAAAUCACUUAUUGCCUAGAGUUGGAUAUCAAAUGUAAUCACCCAACUCCACUUCUGGGGAAGGACGUAAAAAUGCUGUGUUUUACUAAUGGUCAUCCAUUGGAUAAUCCGGUCGCGAAGAAUGGCUUGAUGGGAAGGGAGGAUGGUUGGAUUAAUGAAGAUGCUAUUCAUUUAGUGUCAAGUCUGGUACCGGAAUUUUUUCUUGAUUUAUGCAAAAAUCCUACUGGAAACAAUCUGCUACCAACCGAAUUGAAAAAUUCCAUCGCUAUUGUCGGAAUGGCUUGUCGCUAUGCUGGGGCAAACUCAAUUAACGAAUUUUGGACAUUAUUGGAAAAGGGCUUGGAAGGAGUAGGACGCCCCCCGCAUGGAAGAUGGUCACCCGAUACAGCAGUUCGCAUGGACGAUAUUCUAAACAUGGAAGCCGGCUACCUUUCAUGUCCAAUCGAUAUGUUUGAUGUGAAAUUUUUCUCCAUGAGUACAACAUAUAUGUCAUACAUGGAUCCACAACAUCGACUACCCUUACGCGUGGUGUGGGAGGCAUUUGAGGAUGCCGGAAUUAAUCCUGACUCCCUGAGAAAUACCUUAACCGGGGUGUUCGGUGGUAGAUGGACGAAUGAAUACAAUGACAUGUUGCAGAAACAAGAUACUCAUGCUGGGUACUUGACUCGUACUUAUAUGGGUAACGCACUUGGCCCGCUUACGGCAAGAAUUUCUCACUUUUUUGAAUUUAUUGGGCCCUGUAUAUCUGCGGAAGGUGCUUGCUCCACGUCCAUUAUAGGGGUGGAUACGGCGUGCAACAGUUUGAGGAACGAAGCCUGUGAUGUAGCUGUCGCGGUUGGGGCCAAUCUCAUUCUUACUACAGAGAUGUUUGAAAACUCUGAUGGUCUCCUGGCAGCGGAUGGGAGAUGCAAAGCAUUCGAUGCAACUGCUGAUGGAUUUGGAAGAGCAGAGGGGAUUGGAGUUCUUAUUCUUAAGCGGUAUUCGAAUGCAGUGGCUGACGGGGACCGAAUUUGGGGGCUGAUCCGUGGUUCGGCAGUGGUACAAGAAGGGACAAGCAGAAGCAUGGGAACUCCGACUGUGGAUGUUGAGGCAAAGGCGAUGAAGUUCGCUUUAGCACGAGCUGGAGUAAAUUCAGAUGACAUAGAUUUUGUCGAAACACAUGGCACAGGAACUCCAGUUGGUGAUCCAAUUGAAAUUGCUGCGAUUGCCCAAGCAUAUUCAUCUGGAGGGAGAAGUAACAUUUUAACAUUGGGAUCAGUAAAGACAAACAUUGGUCACACUGAAUCUGUCUGUGGCAUUGCCGGCAUCCAAAAGACAGUGUUGGCAAUGAAAAACGAGCUAAUCCCCAAACAUUUGCAUUUCAACAAGCUGAACCCUGAAAUAGAUCUGGAAUGUAUCCCUGCUCAACUUCCAGUAGAAUCUAUUCCCUGGAAGAAAUCUGGAAAGCCAAGAAUAGCUGGAAUAAGUUCAUUCGGUUACACGGGAGCACAGGCUCAUCUAAUUCUACAGGAACCCCCAGAAUACAAAACCCCAACAUUACUUACGACCAAGCUGGACUCAAGAUCACCAAAGAUCACUUUCUCUGCAAAAACUAAAAAAUCUUUGGAACUCCAACUGCAAUCUUAUGCCAAUCUUCUCCAGGUUAAAAACACUUCUCUUAACGAUACUGAGUUCACCAUGCACACUGGCAGACCGCACUUUCAGCUGCGACAAGUUGCAAUAGGUUCAACCCACGAAGAGCUACUUGGUUCAAUUUCAUCUCUAUCGGACAGAAAACCUAAAGCAAUAACAAGUAAUCAACCCAGCCUCUGUUUCCUCUUCACAGGACAAGGCUCUCAAUAUGCUGGAAUGGCGAAAACACUUUAUCAAGAGAGUGUCGUUUUUCGAUCAAAUUUUGACUGGUGUGAUUCUGUCCUCCUUCAGAAUUAUGGGUUUUCCAUAAAGGAAACUCUCUGGUCUCAUGAAAAUGCCGACCUGCUCAAAUCAACUCUGCAUAGCCAGACUUCAAUUUUUUGCAUUUAA